AUGGCGUCCUUCAUAGACUCCCUCACGAACGCCAAACACCCCAUCGUGCUCGUCCAGUACAAGCGCGACGACCUCGGCCAGGGCGACGAGCCACAGCUCCACUGGGCGCUGCACGUCAUCACCAGCAGUAGACGCCUCUCCGGGCCCAGCUUCCAGGUGAUCGACCGCGUCCACCAGGACGAGCGCGGGAAGCAGUGGUCGCUCUUCUACAACCCCACCGACGCGCUCAUCGGGAACGGGAAGUGUCUGGGUGGCUUACAGGUCGGCACCGUGCCCCACCGGGAGGUCAGCGCGCUCGUCGAUGCGGUGCGCGCGCACGAGGUCAAGCCCAAGUUCGAAGAGUGGACCUGCAGGGACUUUGUGCUCGAGCUCUUCGAGCUGUUCAAGGAGAGGGGCUGGAUGAGGAAGGAGCUCGCGGAUGUGGCGUUCAACCAAAAGGAUCUCAUACCAGAUCUGAAAGUGUCCAGCAGUGCCACGAUCAGUCAAGCGAGAGAGAGGAGGUCGUUCGUCCCAUACGUCAUGUACUACCCUUAG